CUGAGCGCUCGGGGCCUUUUCAAAUCGGGAUCCGUUACCGCUUUCCCGGCCGCCGCCAUUGUAGUGCUCGGAGCCCCUCAGCGCAGGCGGCCGUGGCGGAGGCGGAGGCAGCGGCAGCGGGAUGGCGGACGCCGACAAGCCCGAGGUGCUCGGGGCCGCUGGCGACGACAGUCCGCAUCAGCAGCCAGUGGAGCAGCCGGGCGAGCCGCGGCGAGAACCGCACCCGCCGGAGCCAGAGAAGCAGCCGCCGCAGCACAGCAGCAGCUCCAAUGGCGUUAAAAUGGAAAAUGAUGAAUCAGUCAAAGAAGAUAAAUCUGAAUUAAAAGAAAAAUCUUCAGGAAAUAAGAAGGCCAAUAGAUUUCAUCCUUAUUCAAAAGAUAAGAAUUCAGGCACUGGAGAAAAGAAGGGUCCAAAUCGAAACAGAGUUUUCAUUAGCAACAUCCCAUAUGAUAUGAAAUGGCAAGCUAUUAAAGAUCUAAUGAGAGAAAAAGUCGGUGAGGUUACAUACGUGGAGCUCUUUAAGGAUGCGGAAGGAAAAUCAAGGGGUUGUGGUGUUGUUGAAUUCAAAGAUGAAGAAUUCGUAAAGAAAGCACUAGAAACUAUGAACAAAUAUGAUCUUAGUGGAAGACCCCUGAAUAUUAAAGAGGAUCCUGAUGGAGAAAAUGCUCGUAGGGCAUUGCAACGAACAGGAGGAUCAUUUCCAGGAGGACAUGUACCCGAUAUGGGAUCGGGGUUGAUGAAUUUACCACCUUCCAUUCUCAAUAAUCCAAACAUUCCUCCUGAGGUUAUCAGUAAUUUGCAGGCUGGUAGACUUGGUUCCACAAUUUUUGUUGCUAAUCUUGACUUCAAAGUUGGUUGGAAGAAGCUAAAGGAGGUGUUCAGCAUAGCUGGAACUGUAAAACGGGCAGAUAUUAAAGAAGACAAAGAUGGCAAGAGCAGAGGAAUGGGCACAGUCACUUUUGAACAAGCAAUUGAAGCAGUUCAAGCAAUUUCUAUGUUCAAUGGGCAGUUUUUGUUUGAUAGACCUAUGCAUGUGAAAAUGGAUGACAAGUCUGUCCCUCAUGAAGACUACCGCUCACAUGAUAGUAAAACACCACAGUUACCACGUGGUCUUGGAGGCAUUGGAAUGGGACUUGGUCCAGGUGGACAGCCUAUUAGUGCCAGCCAGUUGAAUAUAGGUGGUGUAAUGGGAAAUUUAGGCCCAAGUGGUAUGGGAAUGGAUGGUCCAGGUUUUGGAGGAAUGAAUAGAAUUGGAGGAGGAAUUGGGUUUGGUGGUCUGGAAGCAAUGAAUAGCAUGGGAGGAUUUGGAGGAGUUGGCCGAAUGGGAGAGCUGUACCGUGGUGCGAUGACUAGUAGCAUGGAGAGAGAUUUUGGACGUGGUGAUAUUGGAUUAAAUCGAGGCUUUGGAGAUUCCUUUGGUAGACUUGGCAGUGCAAUGAUUGCAGGAAGAAUAGGAGCUUCUAACAUGGGUCCAGUAGGAUCUGGAAUAAGUGGUGGCAUGGGUGGCAUGAACAGUGUGACUGGAGGAAUGGGGAUGGGACUAGACCGGAUGAGCUCCAGCUUUGAUAGGAUGGGACCAGGUAUAGGAGCUAUACUGGAAAGGAGCAUCGAUAUGGAUCGAGGAUUUCUGUCCGGUCCAAUGGGAAGCGGAAUGAGAGACAGAAUAGGCUCCAAAGGCAACCAGAUAUUUGUCAGAAAUCUGCCUUUUGACUUGACUUGGCAGAAACUAAAAGAGAAAUUCAGUCAGUGUGGUCAUGUAAUGUUUGCAGAAAUAAAAAUGGAGAAUGGAAAGUCAAAAGGCUGUGGAACAGUCAGAUUUGACUCCCCGGAAUCAGCUGAAAAAGCAUGCAGAAUAAUGAAUGGCAUAAAAAUCAGUGGCAGAGAAAUCGAUGUUCGCUUGGAUCGUAAUGCGUAAUUUUAAACCACGGUUGGAACAUUCUUACAUCUGUUUUGCUGAAUCUCCUAGAAAGAGUCAUUUUUUUUAGUAAUACUGUAUGCUUACAAAAGCUGUAAAAAUGAACUUUUAAAACUCCCACCAGCUUUUAACAGUAUAGUGUUAAAUAUACUGUGGUUUUUGUUAAUCUCAAGUUUGGGUUUUUAAAGACAGCAAGUUGGUCAUUCAGUUUAAAUGAAUGGUUAUACUGUUUUUAAUGAAAUAAGCCAUUUUUCUUGUUGUUACUUUCAGUACUACAUAGUGGGAUUUGUCUAAGUUUCCUCAACUUUUAUCAACUUACUGUAAGGUAAAACAGAUGGUUUUUUCAAAACUUCCGUUUUAUAUAUGUAAUUGUCCUUGAAAAGAAAGGGCUCAGACAAAUUAGGAUGUGAUUUUGGGUUGGUUUUAAAUUACUUUUCUUGGUGAUGAAGAAUUACUGUAAGUAAGUUUUAGAUUCUAAAGUUCAGGAUAUUUUUUAUUUGACUUAAAUGAAGAAAUGGAGUUUUCCUGCUCUUCCUUCUCCCAUCAUCCAUGUUUUCCACAUAACCCUAUUAAUAUCAACCUCCACAGCCCCUUAUUUUAUUAUUUCCGAUGAUUCCAAGUUCAUAUAGAACCGAUAAUGUGGUAAUCCCCAAGUAUAAUAAUAGGCAGACUACUCCCAGCUUUCUGUCUAGUUUCCAGCCAUUGAAGUGAACUGCUGAAAAAAGGAAAAUAAUAGAAAUGUUGAGAGAGAUGGUUAUGUAAGUUAGUCCUCUGCUGUUCACUUCUACAGGAGCUGAUGCAUUUAUAAAUGCAGUUUUAAUAAACCAUGGAACACCUAGGCACAGCAUAUCAAACACAUUGGAUCCCACGAUGUUAGACAUAGCCAUAUCUCCUUUGCCUGCAAAAAAAAAAAAAAAAAAAAAAGCAUGUUGUUAAAAUGUGCACACCAAUGCUGUAUUUUUAUUAAUAAGCUUCAUAAAAAAACACUGGAAAUUUUUUUUUGUUUGUUGGUUUUGGAAAAUUGUUAUUAGAACAAAAGUCUUACUGAAUUUGUAUUUUUUAAUUUUGGGGGGGGUUAGUAUUUAAAGUCUUAACAUUUAUUUAAUAAUAAUUAUCUUUAUUUAUUAAACCAUUUUUCAAUAAGGUCUGUAGAUUACUUGUUGCUUUUCAUUCUCAUUUAAUAUGGUUAAUUAUGAUUUAAUGCACAUUUCAGAUAAGUAUUAUUUGGGGGUUAGAUUUAGUGAAGUUAAUCUGCAAUUAAAUAGUAAACCCUUCCUCUUGAGUCACUCUUUUUUUUUUUCUUCAAAGUAUGCUGAGGAAAUUUUUUUUUUAAUGUUUAUUCAUUUUUGAGAGACAGACUGAGCGAGGGGAGGAGCAGAGAGAGAGGGAGACAGAAUCUGAAGCAGGCUCCAGGCUCCGAGCUGUCAGCACAGAGCCUGAUGCAAGGCUCCAACUCACGAAUCAUGAGAUCAUGACCUGAGCUGAAGUCGGACGAUUAACCGACAGCCACCUGGGCGCCCUGAGGAAAUAAAUAUUUUUAAAGGUACUUUUGUUCAGUGUAUUUCAGCCAGGGUUGAAGAAUGGGCAUUGCAGCACGAGGGACCUAGCUCUUACCUUUUCUUGCAACCAACACACUGGCAAUCGUGUCUGGCAGGCUUGUUCCUGCUGCUAAUAAAGUAAGGCCCAUUACUGUGUCUGGAAUUUCUAAUGUUUCCCCUAUAAUAAACAUAGAUACUACAAGUUACAAAUCUUAUAGAUUCAAUAACCAUUCUCUGCAGUUAUUUCAGAUAUUUCCUUCCUGAACAAAAAGAAAAUAGGCACAUUUAGAUUUCACAACCAAUAUGUACUUAGAUUUUAGCUAGAUAAAUAUUUGAAUAAGAUUGGCAAAUUGGGUAAUACAGGUAGUACAGAUUUUUAAUGAUAGAUAUCUAAAGAUAUUUAAUGGACAAAAUUCUACUAAGGAAUAAUUCCUCUGCCUGAUAAUGCCUACCAAAGGUUUGGAUGUUCACUAUUAACUGAUCAAGGCUGUUGCUUAAUAUAUGCUAAUGAUAAGAUUGGUUAUUUUCUGUUUUGCAAAGCAUUUUCUUAAAGUCAGAAUUAAACAAGUUGUUUAUAACUAUUUUUAACCUAUAAAUGUGUUAACAUGGUACACAUUUUUUAGGUCCUACUUUGGUGAUAUACCUUAAACAAAGGAAAACAAAAAUCGGGUUCUACCUGAAUCUUCCUAACAUCAUGUUCCCGAUUUAUUAAUCCUUCUGUUAAGUUUGAUGUCAGUCCAGCAUUUUCCAGAAAUGUGUUCAGAAACAGAAUCAGAGGGAAGUUAAAUAAAAAAAACAUGUAACUGCUCUUUUAAUGUUGCAAUUGAAUACUUACCUUAAAGUCUUUUUCUUAAAAUGUCAAUUAAAAGUACUUUAAGUAGCUGUUUAUUGCAUGCUUUAUAUAUUGAUAUUGGAAUUAUAGUUGGUUGUUAAUUUUUGUUACUGGUUUGCCAGAGUUCAUAUGUACAUAAAUAACAAUAAUAUUUAUCAUCUUGGGGGCUGUUCUAUGAUCUGUUACUUGAUUUUGCUCUUUUCCUGAUUUCCUAUUGUUAAGUAUAUUCUGGCUGAGAAAAUUUGGAGAGAUUUAAUAUGCAAGCUAAUUGGACUUUUUCAUCCUUGUCAUUAAAAGAAAAGAAAUACUCUGCUUUUUGCUAGCAUGCUAUUCUAAGUCAUACAUUAAUUUGGGGAAAGUCAGAGAUCGGCAAGCUUUUUUUGUAAAGGGCCAUGUAGUAAUUAUUUUAGGCAAUGCAGGCUAUAUGGUUUCUGUUGCAAAUAUUCAUCUCUGCCAUUUCAGUGUGAGAACAUCCACAGAUAAUAUAUAAAUGAUUAUAUUCAGUAUUAUGUUCAGUGAAACUUAAUGAGCAAAAACAGGAGUCCUGACGGUUUGGGCACACAGACCAUAGUUUGCUCACCUCUGAUAUGUUCAUUUGGGUUAACCUUUCUGGGAGAAAUUCUUGAUUUUUUUUUUUUCCUAUGUUUAUAUUCAGUGUUUUUCUUUUGGAGUUCUGUGAAACUAGAGCUGAUUAUGGCCAGUGGUAAUAUUUAAAUUUCAAUCAUGAAGGUAGUAGAAACCUAAACUUAAAUUUUAUUUUAUGUACUUUUCACCCAUUUCAUAGUUGGUUUGUAUUGCCAUAUCCAAAAGCAAAGUGAAAUGUAAUCCAGUUAAACAGUGAGCAUGUACUGUUUUCUCAAAAUAUUGUCCCUUUGCUAUAUUUUUCAUUGUGGAAUAGAAUUCAAUGGAUAGAGCAAAUUGUAGACCCCAUACAAUGUGAUUUAAUUAUUAGCAUAAUAGGAGGACAUCCUGUGUACUUGAUUUCAUUUAUAAGAAGAUCCCUUGACUUGUAACUCUAGGCUGUAUAAUAUUUGAGAAUAUAGUUGGUAUAUAAUACACAACUUACAAACCCCUGAAUGAUCUUGCUGGUAUAUUAAUAUUUAAUCUUUUUGUAAAUAGCAGUUAUCUUUAGUCUUUGUGGAAAGAGAAAUUCCUCCUUAGCUAGACUUUUAGUGAAUAUAAGCAGUUCUUCUGUGAAACUGAUUAUUUUCUUUUUUAAAUUGUGCUCUUGUACUAAAGAUACAUACCAGUUAUUGUGACCAUCCAAACCAGGAUAUAUGUAAAUGCAGAUAUCCAUAGUGCCGACACGAAAAAGGUUAUCAUAAAGUAAUUUUUCCAAAACUUUCUUCUACAAUCUGGUGUGGUUAGAAAAAGUAAGGUAAUGAUAGGAAGGGAUAGUACCCAAAAAAUUCUUUGUAAGUCUGCUUCAGGCAUGUUGAAAACACUUGGUGGAUCUGUUGAGGAAAAAAUAAAUGAUUUUGAGUUUUCUCAAAUGGCCAAUUAAGUUGGAAAUGUCCAUUUAGAAAGCUAUAUUGAAAUAAAUUAGCUGUAUCAGUUUCUAAGAGGCUAUUUAAAACAUUUGAAUACCUCAUUACUGAUAUUGCUGGCAAAAAGGAACUAAUUGAGACUUUAGGGCAGACAGUAUAAAAUGCGAUACUCAGCAUUUCUUGAUUUGGGACCUAAAAUCCAUCAAAAUAUCUUGGAUCAUUCAGUAAAUGUAUUCGACAUAAUGUUUAUUAAGUGUCAGUUGGACUUCUCUUGGUUUUCUACAAUAUGAAUGGUUUUUAGUAACUUUUUUUGCUUAUGGGACUAACUUGCCUUCUACCUAUUAUAGCUAAUGUAGUUGUCUCUGUCCUCCAGUAUUGAUGAUGUCUCUAGCCUGCCCUGUGUAUCAGAUAAUGCAUACUUAAGAUGUAUAAAACAAUUAGAGCAUAAUAUUUUUAUUAAGUUGAAUAUUCCAUUCUAAAUAUCAUUGUGAUUUUUGGGGGGCUUCAAGUUUUCUUUCUUAACAUUUAUUUGUUAAAUUUGGAAUUCACUAUAAUUCUUAGGAAGAGCCUUUAAGAAAAUAGGAACUAGUAUGGAAUCUACAAUAUAACUUACAAAACUUGAGUAUGUUCUUUUAUUUAAUUUGUUUUGUUAAGUUAGUGGAAGACAAUAAUAUAUUGGAUAAAAAUAAGAGUUCACUUUAAAAUUAUUUAAAAUUUGCAUGGCAUUUACAAAAUAAUGUACUAUAUUGUAAUGUACGAUAAUAACGUAGCCAUGUAUUGGAUCAAAUUACAUUACAACUAAUGCCAGUAAAAUAAGUCAUGAAAAAAUUUGCAAAGCUUCAGCCAAUGGACCAUUAAAUAAUAUUAGAUAUAAUUUUAGUGUAAUGAAAAGAUUCUUUUGGUUCUUUUGAAUUUCUUAUUAAAAAAUUUAACUUAGCAAUAUGCCACUUGCACCUGAAAGUCUAGAAACUAAUUUUUAGAAGAAGGGGAAAUGUCAUGUUGUAAUUUUUUUAGGUAGUAAAUUAGAAUAGCUUCCUAAUGUACUUAGGUAAAUUUAGAAUCUGUUUCAUACAACCACUUUGUAAAAAACUAAUGCAUAAAUUUCUGUUUCUGGCCCUAGAUGAACUUCUACUAAACGCAUUUAUCCACAUGUUCUGCAACUGCUUCAGAUGACAUAUUUAAAACUGGUUUUUCGCACACCAGCACUUUUUCCUAAAUUCCACGUUUUUGUAAGUGGUGUUCCCCUUUUCUCAAUCAGUCAUGAACGAAACCUCAGAAUUUCCUCUGCUCCCUUUUCUGACCUGUACAGUCUUUCAGUUGCCCCACCUUGGUGGUGCUUCCUCUGCAUUGUCUCUUUUAUUCCUACUCCUUUGCUCUGUCCAGGCACCUACCAAACACACCAGCUGUUUUAGUGGCUUCUUACAGACCUCCAUUUCUUUUAUCCUCUAAUUGCCCUGCUCAGAAACCUGCAGAUUUAUAUACUAGGAUAUAAGGCUCUCCUAUUCUUUACUAUCAACCUUUAAUCUGCUUCUUUAACGUAUACAUUCUGUGCUCCAGGUAUGCAAGUUCUUGACCAGGCCUUUUGCCCAUAUUAAUUCAUUGGCCAUCAGUUUAUCGAAUAUACUUUACUUUUACUUCUAUGUUAUUUACAUAACAGGCUUCUGUAACUGUUAAUUAUUGGUAAUAAAUCAGGCCAUCAGUUAAAAUCUGAUCUAUUCCACAAGGCUCAGUUUAAAUGCUGCCUUCUCUGUGGUUAUCUUUCCUAGCUUUUAUACAAAUUUUAUACAGUCUGUCCCAUUUAGGAACUACAGUUGUACUUUAUUUUCUCCUCUUUAUAGUACUUCAACCUUCGUCUUCUAGCUAUUUUCUUUUUUCUCUAUAGUACUGGAAGAUUCUUAAGGAUAGGGACCACCUCUUCAUCAUGUCUGAAUAUCCACAGUGUCUUUUACAUAAAAAGUAUAUAGUAAUUGCUGAAUCAAAAUGAGACUCAAGUUUUUCUAGUGAGUAGAUUUAAUAGUGGGCAUGAUGUGCUUAUUACCUUCAGAAACCUGACUAAGACCAUGUAAACUUAAAGGAAGCUGAGAGUAGCCAGAAUCGUCAUGAAAAAUCCCACUGUCAGUUCUUGAUUGCCGACGGAUGAGUGGCUGACCCUCGUCUUCCCAUCCCAUCAGUGGUUCUUGCUCACUUCUCCUCUCCGUAGUUUCGGCAAGACAAGUGCAGCAAGGGCUGAAUUUCUUUAUAAUAUAUUGGUUAACUUUAAUGUCAAAACACAGCACCAAAACAUAUAAUCCAUAUAUCAAAAGCAGUAAAGUUCCUUCAUACCUAUAAAUUAGAGAAAUUUGUGUAUUUUAAAAUAAAAAAACAAAGGUUUUGUAGAGCUACUAGUUUGGGGGCAGUAUCUGCUUAAUAAUUUUCCAACACAGCAAUAAAACAAGCAAAUAAUAUUUCUAGGUGUAUUUUGGUUUUAUAGUUGUGUCCAGACUUGGCUACAGCAUUAUUACAAAUUUAUGCAUAAAAGCUUGGCAUUCAUUUCUAUAUUUCAAAUAAAACCAAGGAUUCUAAAUUCAUUGUCUUCAUUUAUACUUUACAAAUUAUAGGCAUAAAAAAUGCUUUGAAAAUAAAAAUUGUAGACUUUCAAAAUAAAAGUUAAACUAGUGCAUAGUGAUGGGAAUUCUCCAUUUCAGUUCAUUGACAGCAUGCAUUCCUCAAAAUAUACAGUAUUAUAAAAGAAUAUGGUUUAUCUGUUAGUUCAUUUCAACUGUAUCUAUUCAAAUCUGGUGUAAAAGUUUUGUGUAAACUAUUCAGAAUAUAUAAGGCUUUGGGACUUUCCAGUUUACAGGAGUUUUUUUCAUUUUUGGUUUUUUUUUUUUUUUUUUUUUUGAUAUAACUAAAUUUGGCUUGUAGUCACAAGACAAUAAGGAUAUUUAAAAAAUGAAAUUACAUCAUAGGCACUAAGAACUGUUGUCCCAUACUCUGGUCUCCUAAAGAGUUGUGAUUAGGUAAUACCACUACAUUUGAACCUUUCAUUUACCUUUUAUUUUAUAGCCAGUGAAGCUCUGCUACACUGAAAGCACAGAAUUCUUGUUUUCCCUAAUGGAGGGAGCAUAGGUUUGGAUACUCUUACAGUUAUUGUCAUUGUCCCUUUACAGACAAUCAUUAGGACAGUCAUUGUCACUUUAAAGAUAACUGCUGAGUUCCAGAAGGAUCCCUACUAUAGACAAUAGGCUUUCUUUGGGAGACUGACUAGAUUUCAGGAUGAUUCAUUUAGAAAUUCUGCUCCCUGCAAGAUUUUAAGUUUCUUGUCUGCAGGUCUUAUGCAGGGUUGCUAAGUUGUCAUACUCCAGAAAGUUGUAAAACUCCAGUUGUAAUACUCCAGAAAGGUGCCAUUUACAUUGUUUUCUAUUUUUCUGGUAUCCUGUAGCAUUAUGCAGUGCACAGUCUAUAUGGCUGUGCAUUUUACAUUCCUCUCCAUCCCUUGUGACUCCUAGCAUGGUGAUAAACCCAUAAUAGAUACCUGGUUCUUCUUAGUUGAAAAAGUUAUUAGCUGUCCACUGAGUCACCCUCUUUUUCAUUUUCUUGCAACAGCAAGACACUGGGAGGUAACAAAGCAAACAAUUGCUAGUACCUAUAUAUUGUUGAUUCUUAGAGGAAGAAGGCUAUAGUUGUUGCUAAAUGAACAUCAGAGAGAGAGUUGGAAGAAUUGAAAGAUUUUAAAAUUUACUUCCUCCGUCAUUUCUCUCCGGUCUUGUGACUAUGACCACUUCUAACCUAGGCAAGGUAAACCACCCAGUAGAAGAAAAGACCCAACUGCUGGGGCUUUAAUUGACAACAAAAGGGGAGACUGAACAGGCUGAGGGGUGAAGGAAGGGUGGUAAUGUCCAGUGAUCAGUGAGACAAGGAGACUCACAUGACUGAAGAACUUUCAAAGGGAAAACCCAACCAGCACCUGUGAUGAGGAAGUUAGCUCAGAGGCAUGUGGGAAAAUGGUACCAAAGUGGUAGGUAAUUGAGAAGUGACUGAAAUAACAUUUCCGAAAAAGAGAUGUUGCUAAACCAUUGGAAUUUCAUAAAAACCCUCUCUGUAAUUGUGUUUUCCAUAAGAGUAAUGAUCAUUUCAAGCUUACCAGUAAACUUGGUUGUCGAAUAUUAUGCCAAGAACUGCAGCUACACUAAUUGCAUAUGCUGCACAGUCUCUGAAUAAGGGCCAACAUGAUAGCGUUGAGGCCUGUAAAAUGAUAAUUUACUGUUUCCGUUACAGUGUAACUUCAAGUACAUGCUUAGCACAAUACUAAAACUAUAUGUUUGUAGCUAAAUAUUGUAACCUUUUGCAUUUUGCUUAGAGAAGGAAUUUUAAGAAAAAUGGUGUUUCAGAACCUACUCUGGUUUUCAUAAAUUUGACCAAGAGCUAUUUGUGGGUUAACUUUAAAUGAAAUACAUGUUUUUCUACUGAUUAAUAAAUUUGAUUGAACACA